AGUUAACCUUUAUCUAUGGUUAGGGUUACGUCUAUGAAGUUAAUCAUGUUUAUAAACUGAAGAAAUUGAGUAAUUCCGAUUUCAUAGGUUAUUUCACUAGCGAAGAAUUAGUUUUGUGAUACAUUAAGAUGUCAUUACGGCAAAGAGCUGCAUUCUUUUUUGAAAUUCUUCUUCGUGUGCCUCCUAUUUAUUUAGUCGAUGAACUUCUGAAAAUAAACUUGGGGAUUCCUACUAGUGAAAAUCAGACUAUAACGUACAAAAAUGCAACACUCACAUCGUUACCAGACACAGAAAGUGAAAUAGACCGGAUUGUGAUGCUCGUGGAUGAUCAACAAAUGUACAAAGUAUUUGUCUUGACAGUUUUAAAAGUAGUUUUAUCAUCCUUGGGGAUCCUGCUGGCCCUGUGCGUCUUCACGCUGCAGAGACAGCAGCUGGUGCUGGUGUACAAGUAUCUCACCUCGGUGGGCAUCGUGUUCCUCUCCUACUGGAUGAACGUGAGCACCAUGAAGGCAGCGGUGGACGCCAUCAGCGCCAGCGCCUCUCCGACCAGCCUGCUGGAGGACGUGCUGUCCCUGGACGUGGCACGGCUGGGCGAGCCGGGCAGCUACGGCUUCGCGCUGGUGCAGAACUACGCCUGCCAGUGUGCCCUCGCCUACCUCUUCAAGCUGAUGUACAUGGGGCCGAGGUACCCGCUCGUGGAGAUGCUGCUGCUGGCGUGCUUCGUGGGGCCCUCGCUGCUGGUGCUGCUGCCCCUGCCCGUGUCCGUGCUGCAGCACGCCCCCGUCUUCGCCGCGCUCCUCCCCCUGGCCCUCGUCAAAUUUGUGCUCUGCUACAGCUCCGUCGCCGUGGUGCACACGGUGUACGGGGGCUACCUCCACGCCCGCGACUUCGUCGGCAACUUCGGCUUCUCCGCGCUGAUCGAGUCACAGUGGUCGCGACUGUGCGUGCCGACCGUGCUCAGGGUGUUCUGGGUGGUGCGGGUGCUGGAGCACUGCGCGGGCCUGCUCUCGGACACGGGCGUGGUCACGCUGGAGACCUUGCUGGCCGGCCUGAAGAGCCUCCUGGUGACGGGCUGCGAGACGCUCACCGCGGUGCUGGGCAUGACCAGUGUCGUGUCAUACGUGUGCCACUACGUAGGCUGCUUCUUCCAGUGGUUCCUGCUGACGGAGGAGGAGGACGACCGCAGCAUAGGCACCGUCUCCGCGAUCCUCUUCUACAUCCUCGCCUUGCAGACCGGCAUCACCGGCCUCGAGCCCGAGAAGAGGUUCGUGCGUCUGUGCCGCAACUUCGGGCUGCUCUUCACCGCCCUGCUGCACUUCAUCCACAACAUCGUGAACCCUCUGCUGAUGUCCCUGAGCGCGUCGCACAACCCCUCCCUCCACCGGCACGUGCGCGCGCUCUGCGUGUGUGCCUUCCUCGUGGUGUUCCCCACAUCGCUGCUGGCCUACCUCUGGUCGCACCACGCCGUCAGCACCUGGCUGCUGGCCGUCUCUGCCUUCAGCGUGGAGGUCAUCGUCAAGGUGGUGGUGUCGCUGAUGAUCUACUCGCUCUUCCUGGUCGAUGCCUACCGCACCACCUUCUGGGAGAAGCUGGACGACUACGUCUACUACAUCCGAGCGUUCGGCAACACCGUGGAGUUCUUCUUCGGCAUCUUCCUGUUCUUCAACGGGGCGUGGAUCCUAGUGUUCGAGUCGGGCGGGGCCAUUCGUGCCAUCAUGAUGUGCAUCCACGCAUACUUCAACAUCUGGUGCGAGGCCCGAGCGGGCUGGAGCGUCUUCAUGAAGCGCCGCACGGCCGUCAACAAGAUCGACUCGCUGCCGGAGGCGAGUGGUGAACAGCUGCGCCGGCUGGACGAUGUAUGUGCCAUCUGCUACCAGGAGAUGGCAGGUGCCAAGAUCACACGCUGCAACCACUACUUCCACGGGGUGUGUCUGCGCAAGUGGCUGUACGUGCAGGACCGCUGCCCGCUGUGCCACGACGUGCUGUACCAGGCGGAGCCCGAGGACGCGCGCGAGGGCAGCAGCAGUGACGAGGGAGCGGGCGACGGAGACGACGCACACGAGGAGGAAGCGGAGCCGUUGUUCCCGCCCGCCAACAGCACGCGUCACCGGCCGGAGCAGGACCGGGACAGGUGAAGCGGCCGGUCGGGAUCCCACGGCAUGAACGUGGAAUAUGAGACUGCUGCAGCACCCGGCAGAUUCUGUGGAUCCUGGUGGAUUGGGUUCGUGCAGUUCGGAGCUUGCCCGAGCCCAUGACUCGAGACUGAGCAAUGUUCCAGAUGCAGUACCUUUGCUAACUGAUACCCUUCAUUCUUAUUCAGUUGAGUGUGCACUUUGUAAUUUUUUAACUGGUUUUUUUCCCAGGGUAAAUUAUUAUUUUUGUGAUACUUCUUAGGAAGGAAGGUGAAGAAGCAAGAUUUUAUAUUGUGAUAUGGUCAGGUUAGAGUUGAGACACUCUUUGUGUUUACUUUUUUUGCUAGGUGAUUCAUUUGCACUCUUAUUUAUUUUUGCUAGCAUUUUAUUCAUUGGUAAAUUUUUGAAUAUUGAAGCCAGGAGUAUUAAUUUGAUCAGCUUUAUUUUUUACGAUGCUGAUAUGUUGCAGUUUUAUUUAAAAUUAUUUUUUGCCACUUUCUGCUCUGUUUGCUCUGUUUUGAGUGGUUUAAAGAAUUGAAAUUUAAAUAGGGAGGGUUGUCACUUAAACUUUCUUUUCACAAUUACAGAACCAAACUUAUAAAAUCACUUUAAUUAGAUGUAAAAUAAUGACACAUUACAUUAUUAAUUGGAUAUAUUAAAACAAAUACUAUUUAAAGUUUUUUGAAACCAAUUUAUCUGUAAUUGUGAUUGUUUAAAUAAAUUAUGUUUAGAUUUGUAUGUGUUAAAAAUUUGUGUGGAUCAGAGGAAAUUUGUAUAUUAUCUGGACCAAUUCAAAAUUAAAAUGACAGUUCAAGUAAAUAUAAUUUUUAAAUAUGGGUAUGUUUUAACGAAUUAUAAAAUCUACUGGUCACAUACUUGUUACUCCCCAUUUGUCUCUCCUAAUACUAAGGAGCAUUAUUUAGGAAUAUAAAAAAUUUGGGAUUUCCUGCAGAGUCAAAACUUUUAACUGUCAUAUGUUUUUGUAUCUUUACAUCCUGUUUUUUAUAUUAUUUUAUAUUUAGCAUUUUGUUGAAGCAAAUGCACUGUAGAAAGAGGCAUGGUGUGUCUGCGCAUAAAUAUAUAUAUAUAUAUAUAUAUAUAUAUAUAUAUAUAUAUAUAUAUAUAUAUAUAUAUAUAUAUAUAUAUUUUUUUUUUUUUCCCAUUUUCUUGUAAUGAGCUUACACCUUGGAAAACAUUUGGCAGUUCAUUUUUAAUUUUUAACAGCUGUCUUUGAAAUGCUUGUGUAGCAUGGAGAGUCUUUAAGAACAGUUUUCAGCAUUUCAGUAUUUUGAUAUUUUCUUGAAGUCCAAUUACAUUGAUGUAGAUUACUGGUUCCUGGCUUGCAAACUCACUGCUCACUUACAGCUCAAUUUACUUUGGCUUGUAAACUUGCUGUUUUAUUAUCAGUCUGGUAUAAUUGGUGUGUGUGUUUAUUAUUGAAGUCUAAAAUAAUAAACUAUGUAAAAUGAAAUUUUAAAAAAAAAUUAAACUGAGAAUAUUGUUACUUUUUGAUUUAAUUUUACUAAAAUAUUAAUUGUAGGGUUUUAAUAUUUGGAACAUUUAAUGAGCUAGUAGGCUAGAUUCAAGCUGCUUUGUUCACUGAGCUAGCAGCAACAUUAUCAUUUUCCCUCCCUCCCCCCCCCCCCCCCACACACACACACACACAGGCGAGUAUGUCGUUAGUAUUAUUUCACAAUAUUGGAGUGUUGAGUGCUCUGGACCUACCAUAAUUCCUCCUUUGUAAUAUGUGGUGCAGUUUGUAGGCUUUGUAAACAUGUCAGGUCGCUGUCACAAAUAUAGAAUGACUAUAACUUGUUUUUAAUGGUGUUUGAAUGGCAACCAUUUGCAGAGACUACAUGCAUCAGAUUGUGAUUGUACCAGAUGUAUCAAUAUCAAAACAACUAUUAAAUACAGCAAGUGCUUCUUUAAUGCCAUGAGUAUUCUUUUAGAAACUCAACUGUAGUUCUGGAGAAACACAGCUUUAUAAAUGUUACAUGUUCACUUGAGAAGGAUUUUAAAUCGGAACCUUCACUGGUUUAAGUUUAGUUGAUUGUGUGGUAGUGAUACCUCGUAAGAACAUUACAAAAGCAGUUCACCUCUAAUAAUUGGUUGAGACGUUUUGUUAUGUGAUGUUUUUUUGUAAAAUACAGAACACGAGAACUGGUGGAUCCAAGCUGGCGUGUGUCUGCCCUGUGAAGAGUGCUCAACUUAAGUCUUCAUUGUGAGUGUACCUUUUGUUAGUUUUAAAAACUACAUCAUUCUUAUUAGAAUACUAAACCAAUGUAUACAUUAUUUUAGCAUGGUGAAGAAUAUUUUAACCUUAAAUGUUAUAUGAAACAAUUGUAACAAGAAAUUCUCAUUCUCAACAUAUGAUUCCAGCUCAAAUGUUCCUUAAAGUAAUGGGAAUGCUACUAAUUAACUUAUUUUAAAUGUGAACUUUACCUGGUUUCCAAUUGAGGGUAACUUCAGGCAGUUAUAACUGUGAAGUCCAAUGAAAACUUUGAAAAAAUAAACUUUAUUAUAAUGGAACUACUUAAAGAAUUAUGAAGAAAUUUCUUUAACAUGUUUUUAGGAGAGCUACAGGUACUUUUGAAACCACAGCCAAUCUCAGUAUUCAUGUUUGCUAGAUAAAAUGUUGUAAUUGCUGAAAAUUCAAAUUAUUUAUAUUAAUAACGUUUCAGUAGUGUUUGGAUAUUAAAAUCCCAAUUAUCAGAGUGUGUUUAUUAUUCUAGACUUUCUGUGUCAUGUUUAGAAAACUGUGUAGCCCUUUUUAAGAUAAUUUUUUAUCCAAGGUAUUUUUGGUCAAGACACUAGUAUAUUUAAUAUUAAAGUUUGUUAUUAGUUAAAUUCUCACUUGUACAAUUUUUUUUCAACAUUAUUUCAGUGACAUUGAACUAAGUAUAAUCAUGUGAAGAGUUUGGUGAUACUAUUUAUUUUAUUUUACUGUCUAUGUUCUUAAUACAUUCAGAUAUUUUAUUUUUACAGUGGUUCGAGAGUAAGCCAAAGUCUUGAUAAACUUCCAGUUACACUGAAGAUAAAGAGAAGGGAUAAUGAACUUAAAAAAUAAAUACACAAUACAGUACAUAAAAACACACAGCAACAUUACCCAAAACAUAAAGUAGCGAAAAGUCCCAUAGUGCAUUAAAGAUUACAAUCACCCACCACUACAGUUACGUAUACUGAAGUAACCCAAUUAAAUACAAAUGGAAGUGUUUAUAAUGAAAUUAUGUAGAUUAAGUGGUUCUGACUUUCAAGUGGUGUUUACAUGUUUAUAUACUGAAUUGUUGGUCACAAUGUUUGUGUAUAUAUACUUAAAUCACUUGAAAUACACUUUAUUUGUUUUAUUACUGGUUUAUAAACUAUCCGAGAAUGCAAGAAACACGCUAUGCAUAAAUUUCAAUAUUGACGUUUUCAAAUACCAGUUUAUAAACUAUGCUAGAAGCGAAAUUGCAACGCAAGCAUAGACUAACUUUCAACUUCUGGGGUUUUUGACGGCCAUGCUCAGAGACCACAACAUUCUUUUUACAAUACAUAUCACAUUUUUACUUUAAAACUUCCACACAGUGAAAGAAAAUUUCACUUUCAAAUCAAAUUAUCGACCAUUUAUUUUAUUUUCAAGAUAAAAAUUAAUUUUUUAAAGUAGCAUAUAAAUUUGAUUUUCUACUUUUUUACAGUUUAAAGUUCUAUGGUUGAUGACGUUUGUGACUUGGGUACUUUAUAAAUGACUGAUUUUCUUGUGUGUUGCAUUGUCGCGUUCCAUGCGUUGUUUAUAAAUCCAGCCUUAAGAGUUCAUUUAACACUUAAAAAAGGUCGGCUCUGUUAAUGCUUUUGGUCUGACAUCCGUUCAUCCACGACGUGGAAAAAUAUACAUUACUAUAGACUUGAAGGCUAGUGGGAAAAAUUAUGAAUUUCAGUCAAAAUAAUUAGUUCUUAAAUUCAUGGUUUGAUGUGAUCGUUUUGUAAUCGGGUUUAGUUAGUAACAAACAUUUUCAAAUGUUUACUUUAUGCCGUGGGCUCUGACAUCAAUUUUCUUAUUACAGAUUAUGCAAACAAUAAUUGACGAAUGUAGAUCUACCUGUAAGGUGGUAUUUUCUACAUUAGAGUUUUUUUUGUUUGCAACCUUUAACUAAAAUAAUAACUUCAGUUGUUUCACUUUAAAUGAGUACCACAAACAAAUGGACUAUAACAAAUGGAGUAUAACAAGCGUGAAGCUAUGUGCAGUAUUAAUGAUAACUAAGAACCAAUUACAGUUUACCGAAAAUAGUGAAUAAUUAGUCACUGAUUGUUAUUAAUAUCAGCUUUACAGCAUUACUAGUUUUACGUUCUUUGAACCAUUCAUAUGCCAUUGCAUAUGACCAUGAAACCUCUAGAUUUGAAAAGAAAGAUGAAUACACAAACACAGAAAACAAGCCAAAAUCAGCCAAUGUCCAAUGUUAUACAUACAGUCAGCAGGGAAGGAAUUGGUUGCUGUGUUGUAUGUCAGUAUUUUCUGUUCUUGUUACAACUGUCAUCAGUCCACUGUUUGUCUGUGCUGUGAUAACUUUUCCGACUAACUUUUUCCACGGAAUUGUUUUUUGUGCUGUCUAUGUGUUUAACAUUUGACAUUAACUGAUUUUAGCGUGUUUUCUGCAUGUUUGUGUAUUCAUCUUUCUUAUUGAUGCUUGUGGUUUCUCUAUGACAUACAGUUGAAACCAAAAUCGGUGUAUGUCCAUGAAAAUCUUUUAAAUCAAUACUAUUUUUAAACAAUAAAUAAUUUUUGAAUAGGUAUUAUUUUAGCAAUUUUUAAAUUAUUUCCAUUGAACUCGUGAUGAAUAUAAUAUGUUUACUACAGAAUUUUCAAUGUAGAAUAUUUUAUUUGCAUUUGCUUUAAAUGAAUUACCCGAUUGUUAAUUGAGAUACUUUAUAAUUAACGAUUGUUUUAAUUUGCACUGACUAAUGCGGGAGACGAGUGUAAGUAGUUGUAGCCCCAGAACCAUUGCCUCCCGUAAAGGUGUGUAGCUUUGGGGACCAGCAUAUUUGUGUUAUGUGGCAGCUGGCUGGACUUAAAAUUUAUUUAAGAUUUUAAUCACCUCUAUAAUGGUUUGGGAUUAUCUGACUCUCCCUGCAAGACUAGAAGCCAGUAACAGUCUUGCAACAAACACGUGCAACCAGGACGGAGGGUGCAAUGUGACAACAAUCAAUUAACAAAUGACGCUGGCCUAUGUAUUUUUGUGAAAUUUACCCUAGUGAGAAAAAAUAAUGUGAAUUUUGCUAGUCACAAGUGAUUAGCAAAGGUCCUGUCAUUUUGCAUUAAAACUGGCUUCAUAAAAGUACAUGUGUGUUAGUUUCACAUUGAUUGUUUUUGUCUGUUUGUGCACCUUGCACAUGGGGCUCUUGACCAAUGAACAUUCAGUGCUCAGGAAGCUCUACUCCAUGUGGCAGUCAAAUGGGCCAGACGUGUUGCCUUGGAGGCUGUUGGCAAAGAACAAGCGAACUCUGCUCUGGUUCGAGAAAGUGCUGUGGAGAUCUUGCUUGGUAAUGUGUUUUAAAGCACAGUCAGUGUAAGAAGGUUCACAUGAUGCUGAUGAGUUUUCUAAAGACACCGCUGAUGGUGUUUGCUGUCUUUGUAAUGUAAAGCGCACAAUUCUCAUAGUUUACAUGAUCGUAGAUCUACGAGUGUCAGUGAACUCCAGGAAUUCUGUUCAUUCUUUGACGGAGAAGUGCUCAUUCAGAAUGCUUUUAAUGUUUAUACACAUACACAGGUAUAGAAUUUAAUAAUUUUGGCUGAUCAAUGAAAGUUAAUUUCUAACAUUAGUUACAGUGUGUAUAUACAACUAUACAUUCCCUCCCCUUGCUCUCUUUUAUAAAUGGCAGGAUACACCGGUUUCUUGCCCACCAUGUUCUGGUUCCAAUGCUACGUUUCCUCUUUGGAAGGUUUAUGGUGGCACUACCACAUUUGCAGUUGGCUGGUUUCAGUUAAUUUACUGGAAGUUUCAUACAAAAAGUAUGAGCAUGAUAAUUUUAGCCAGUUAGGCCUUUAAGAAUAAAUACAGUUUGAAGCCAAAAUUAACAAUUCUAAACUUCAAACAUCUACAUUUUGUUACAUGUUUGCAAGCAGGGCUGUCAAAAAAUGCUAAGGGCCUCAGGGCAAAUAAUUCCCAUUACUUUAUGUACAAUUUUACACAUCCCACAAUUAAAUAAAAAUAUUUAGACUAAAUGUUAACAGUGGCCAUAACAUAAUCAUCUGUGCAUAUUUUAUAACUUGUGAGGUAUACAAUGAAUUCUAUUAUCAAUUGACUAGUAAUUUUGUCCUACUCUCAAGGUAAAUGCAUGCAUUAAAAAAAACUCAAAACCCAAUCAUGCCCUUCUAGUAAUCCUCCCCCCCCCCUCCACCUUUUCACUCACUCUUGCUCUCUCGGCAAGCCUUUUGCAAGGACAUCACUCUGGAAUGUUGAGACGUUUUUAAAUGACUCAUCUUGGCUAAAGCUCUGUAUGUAUUUUGAAGAUCCAGACAGGUGACAGACUUAUGAUAACUUCAACAAAAGUUUUAAUGAUGAAGUGACCGGCAUUACUAAAUUAGCCGAACCUACCUUAAGCUAAGAUGUAGUUUGGUGUCGAUGAUUUUAUUUGAAAUUGGUACUAAAUAUUGAUGGAAAGUGUGUGCUUUUUGGCAGUAGUUUUUUUUUUGUAAGUGCACUUUUUGGGUAGGUACUUAACACCGUGGAAGAUUUGUGUAAUCCUUGUUUAUGUUUACCUAACAAUUAUUGCUUUAUUUUUUUUUUCAUAUUGUGAGAAGAGUAUGAGCUUUUUUUUUCUGUGAUGGAGAAGAUGUAAAUUGUUAUUCCAGAUUAUUAAAUAAAAGUGUGUAAAUAAUA